UCAUUGGCCCGGCGUGUCACGUGCCAUUAUCACGUGCAUCGGGAGGAAAAAGGGGUUCUUUCGGUGUAAAUCUGGACUCUAAUUCCGUAAUAUAUCACCGUACCUCGUAAAACCGACACUGAAACGUCCCGGCCAACAAAUCACCGGCCAAAUUAUGAGUUCAUUGUAUUAUGCGAAUGCUUUAUUUUCGAAAUAUACGGCCGGAACUUCUGUUUUUCCAACGGGGGUAUUUUCGGAGCCAACUUCUUGUGCUUUUGCCUCAAACUCCCAGCGGUCUGGCUACGGCUCAGGCUCGGCUUCGUAUGCUGCCACAGUGCCGGGUCUGUACAGCACAGGCAACAGUCUGCACCACCAGACCCCGACCAUGUACACGUCUCCUUAUGGCCUCAACGCGAACUCCUUUAACAUGCACUGCUCCUCAUUCGAUCACAAUAUCUCAUCAAUGAUGUGCGGCGCCGGGGACUCUUGCAAGCAGAGUUGCAGCAAGUCGGAGCAAAGAGAGGCAGAUCCGCAUUCGGAGAACUUCCGGAUCUAUCCCUGGAUGAAGAGCUCAGCCUCAGACAGGAAGCGGGGGCGUCAAACGUACACCCGGUAUCAAACCCUCGAGUUGGAGAAAGAGUUUCACUUCAACCGCUACCUCACCAGGCGGAGACGCAUCGAGAUUGCUCACGCUCUCUGCCUGACCGAACGCCAGAUUAAGAUCUGGUUUCAAAACAGGCGCAUGAAGUGGAAGAAGGAGAGCAAAGUCACCAGUCCCACCGAAGCAACCGAGGAAAAGCAAGAAGAAUGAAGGAACAAAUAAACUCUAAACACUUAGAGGCAUAAGCAAUGACUUUUUAAACAAAUGGAGGAAUUUGUUCCGCAUUUCUUAACACUGAAACAGAAUACUACCUAAAUCCGUAACUUGUAGUUUGUAUUAUACAGAUAGAGGGAAUAACCCAAGUCUAUAUUGUACAAGUAAAGGUAUAUAUAGUAUGUGCAUUAGGCUUUCUGGUGAAUUGUGGUGAAUGGCCGUUACUGUAAUUAGCAUUAAUUUACCAUGUGUAUUUAAUGGGGGAACAAAAAUCAGUGACGUUAUAUUUGUUACUGUCUUGGUGUCAUUUCUCGUUUGUAAGUAUAGUUUCGAAAAGGAUCUAUGUGUAGUCACAACCCGUGUACAGUUUAUCCAUGUGUGUCCCGUAUCAACUCCUGUUAGAGUUAAAUAUAUACAUUGGUGUUCUAGUCAAAGUGUUGAGGAUUAUUUCUCUGUACAUUUUUUUAAAAUAUAUUUAAGAAUGGACCAUUUCUGUUUUGUUAGGAUUGCGCGUUUUACCAUGACGGAUGUAAAACUGUUUUGUGAAAUAAAAUGAGGACAUUUUUUCGUUA